UUAUGUUCAAGCGCUUAAAGACAACAUAGAGGAAAACAAAACUUAAUCUGAGGGGAAUGAAAGCGAGAAAGAAAAGAGAAACACUGACAUUUAAAGAAUUUUCUGUCAACCUUAGUAUUAAACUUAAAUGUGCUUCUUUUUCUUUUUCCUCUUCUUUUUACUUGUCCCUUUAGGGUCACCACAGCCUAACAUCUGCCACAAACUCGCUCUGUUCUUAGCUUCUUCCUUCUCUGUCACAUCAACACUUUGCACAUCCUCACUCUUGAUAUUUUGCAUGUUUGAAUUCACUAAGAUUUUAUGUUAGAUGCCCUUUCUCAUACAACCUAAGUGGUUCUUAGAAUUCAGGACUUCUUUCAAAGCCCAGCAAGGUAACCAAGCUUUGAAAGAAGUCCCGUUACCUUCGACUAAACUACUUAAAGACUACAAGAACCCACUUGAAAAAGGUCAGUGUCAGCAUAUCAAUAGCUAGCAAACACAUCCAUUACCUGGCCUAAAGCUGAAUUAGAUGGAAUAAGAGAAAUAAAGUAUGCUUAAAUAUGACAAAAAACAAGGAGGCCUUCAAAUCUAAAAUUAAAGGUAUAGUGUCACUUUCAAACAAACGACCUGCUCGUCCGUUCUAACUCUAAACAAGUUAGAAUGGUUCACUCUGGCUAUUUAUCCUUCAUGAGGUGUCACAGUUUAUAUGGAAAAUGAUGAGACUUUAAGGCUUUGACACGUAAAUGUUAGUCAGUUUUAGCAGGCUGCUAGAGAACAGAGUGUGGGGGAAACAGGAAGACAGGAAGAUAUAACCAGGUAAGGAAACAAUGACACAGAAUCAGUAGCGUGAGUAAAACGACACACACACACAGAGAGAGAGAGAGAAAAGAGUGAGGCACAUCUUGAGGAAGUUAACAAAACAACAGAAGUAGAACAAAAGGCACAUCAUACUGAAGCUUUUAUAGAUUUUGGUCCUUGGCCUUUUCGCAGUGGUGUUUGUAGACCAUUGGCAGCUUUACGUCUGUCCACAGAAUGGGAUUGGUGCAAUACUCUCUGGCCCUCCUGAUGUUAUCCACACAGUUGGUGCUCAGCUUACCCACGACAAAGAAAACCUACACAGUUGGUGGGAGAGAGUGUGACUAUUGCCCUGCAGGUAUGUAUUCGAUUGCUUGUACAACAUGUGAAUACUGUCCUGCUGGAACAUACACAACUGACUGGAACUAUGAAGAUGAAUGCCAUCACUGCUUUGGAGACUGCAACCCUAAGUUUCAUCUUAAAGUGGUUCAGAACUGCACCAGUACGUCUGAUAUGAAAUGUGACUGCGAGGAUGGUUUUACAUGCACCAGGUGGACCCGAGAGAGAAAGAACUGCAUGGCUUGCAAGAAGAUGCCAGACCCAACCUCAACCAAAGUAGCAGCAACAGAGAUCUCAGACAGAGAUAAACACAUGCCUUCCUCAGUUUCCUCCGGACAUAGCAGCACUUCUCCCAGACCCUGCCAUUCUCCAGGGUGUCACCCAACGAAAGAGCCGAUUCCCACGCCAGGUCAUGCCAACCGUCACCUGGCAGCUAUUUUCAUUCCAGUAUGUGUCCUUGCAACUUUGGCCCUUCUCACCUUGUUCUGUGUCUGUCGUCCGAGAGAUGAGACAUAUAUAAGGCAAACUAUUGCAAAGCUCUGGAAUGAGGAAGGGCGAGGUGCUUCUCACAAGUCAAAGGAGCCAACUCAUCAGUUCCCCAGAGACUCAUUCAGUACAAAGCAGCAGCCCUCAACUCCUUCAGCAGCCAAUCUUGGUCCGGUCCAUGUGCACAAUCCAGGCACAGUCAUCUUUAGCUUGCUCAGUCAAUUUACGGGUCAAGUCGGGCCAAUGACCGAAUGCGGGAAGACAGCUGAGAGAGCGAGGAGAGAGGAAGAGGAUGAGAGAAACUGUCCCGUGUUUCAUCCUGCAUCUUCUCCCAGCAUUCAUCUCUCUGAGGAGGAGAGGAGCGGAGAGGAUGACACCAUUUUCUUCCCUUCCCAGGAGCAGGGAAAAGACUCCCACAUGUCGAAAGAGGAGAUCCUAUGAUGCAUCUCAAACUUUUCAGAAGACUUGGAUACAACAAACUUUGAAACCACAGAUGAGUAUGGAUCAUAUUCGUCUUUCCUCAGCAAGCUGCGGAUGCACUGACUUUGUUUCUGCAGCUUCUGGAAAACACUCACCUCAGAAAUGUAUUAAAUCUCAGAAGAACAGCUGCAAAGUGGUCUUCUUUGUAAGUUAUGAUUUACGAACUCUUGUAUAUACUUUUAAUAAGCUCCUUUAGCUCCGUGCGGAGAAUGCCAUCCAAGGUGUUGAAAGCUUAGUUAGGUAGUUAUUAGGUAGUUUUAGUCAAAUUAAGUUUAUUUUAAAUGAAAAAGAAAUAGAAGAAAAAAUAUACACAGAACAUGCACAUGUGAUAUUGAAAAGCUGGCUACAAAAGCAGCAAACUAUGUCUGCACAUAUAUGUAGAUAUACAUGAAAUAUGUUUAACCUUAUGUACUAUAGUACAUACUUCACCUUCACUGCCACAAUGUUCCCUUUGCCUUAUCAGUUCCAAGAUUUUUACCCACCACAAUUUUAUACACUUCAAAGUCACAGAUGCCAAAAUGAUCAUCUGUCCUCUCAGGAAACAGCAACAGUCUCAAACUUUGCACCUUCUGGCAUUUCACUGAUCAGCACGGCGCGGAGUGCCUUUUAGCUCCAUUUAAA